UUAACUAACAUGUUUCAAUGACUAAUUUCAAGAUGUCAAAGACUAUGUGAUGAUGAUUCCGGUAGUAGAUUUCGAAGAUUACGCGUUAUAGUGUCAAAGAUUACAACCUAAAAUUUAAUAUUGAAAAUUUUUUCAUUCUGCUUGUAUAAAAUAUAUAAAAUGAAUGUCAUAUCGUGUUGGAUAUUAGUAAUAAGUGCAUUGAAAUUAGUAACAGCAGAAUGGAAUACAAAAGAUUAUAUGAAACGAGAACAUUCUUUAAUCCGACCAUAUCAAGGAUCUGGAAUGUCAAUACCUUAUUGGGAUUUUGCGGGUAGUACAAUAGUAACGAAUAACUAUGUGAGAUUAACACCAGAUUUACAAAGUAAACAAGGUGCCAUAUGGAAUGCUGUUCCAUGUCAUGCGAGAAAUUGGGAACUUCAAGUUCAUUUUAAAGUUCAUGGAAAAGGAAAAGAUUUGUUUGGUGAUGGUUUUACAAUUUGGUAUGCAAGAGAAAGAAUGAAAUCUGGUCCUGUCUUUGGAAAUCAAGAUUAUUUUCAAGGAUUAGCUAUAAUUUUAGAUACAUAUAGCAAUCAUAAUGGUCCACAUAAUCAUCAACAUCCUUAUAUCUCUGCUAUGGUCAAUAAUGGUUCUUUACAUUAUGAUCAUGAUCGUGAUGGAACACAUACACAAAUUGCAGGUUGUGAAGCAAACUUUAGAAAUCUUGAACAUGAUACACAUAUUAGUGUGAGAUAUGAAAGAGAUACAUUGACUGUAAGGUCUUACCCCGAAGCCUCCUGGCUUACAUCAUGGACUGCGUCCACUUCAGCAAUUUCUACAGACUUUGCAAAUAAAGCUGCAUGGAAGGAAUGUUUUUCUGUAAAAGAUAUAAAGCUGCCUACAGGAUAUUAUUUUGGAAUUUCGGCAACAACAGGAGACUUAUCUGAUAAUCAUGAUAUUCUAUCUGUUCGUUUGUUUGAAUUAGACCUACCAGAUGAUCCGAAAGAUCAAGAAGAUAGGUCGAAUAUUUUACCAUCAGCUGCAUAUUUUGAUGCGCCUCGAGAACAUGUAGAUGAUCCAAAACAAUCUGCAUUAAGUAGAAUAAUGUUUUUCCUUUUAAUGCUCGUGGCUGCGCUUGCAUUAAUUGCCUGUGUGGUAAUAGGUAUUAUGUGGUAUCAGAAACAUCAAGAAAACAGUAGGAAACGUUUUUAUUAAAUCAAGGUGCGUUACAAACUAUUCUACUUUUAAAAUUCUCGUUUUUAUCGGUUCUUUCUAUAAAAAAAAAAAAAAAAAAUAAGAUAUAAUCAUAACGUGUUCAUAAGACUGUUUCAAUAGAAUAACAAAUACAACAUCCAUUAUCUCCGAGAAUGUCAUUUUGAGAGAUAUUUUAUGGAAAUAUAUCAGCAAAGAAUAAAACGAUCAUAAUAAUGUAUAAAUUAUUGCAGCAAUCGUAAGACGUGUCGAAUUAUAUCUGCUAUUCUAGUUCUAAUGUUUGCAUAAACAGAGUUCCUUUACCAAAGUUUUCACGUUCUUAAUUUGCUGCAAUGAAUCUUAUAGAAAUAAGUUGAUUUAUUCGCGUAAGAGUUAAACCGAUAUUAUGCCUCAAGUGAACUCUACUUUAAAAAUAUGUUUGCAAUUAUAAUAAAUUUAUUCUAAAAGACGAAAGUAGAAGAAUAAGUUCUUCAAACAAAUUUGCAGUUUAUCGUUGCCGCGAAAUACUACAUAAAUGAUUACAAUAUUACAUACAAAUAGAGAAACGAACUCUUUACAAAUAAUCAUGAAUUAUUUUAUAAAAGCGUUCUUUCUCGCUUUGACUUAUCUUUACCUCUAUUAUAGAUUUGAUAUGAUUGAAAUGACUUUAUUAAUGUAGAUUUUAUAUUUGUAUAUAAUGAAACUGAACAUUAUGAAUGUAGAAUAGUUGUAGAGUGAUUUUAUGCUAUACAACUCGUUUUAUACAAAAGAUAAAGGGAACCAAACUCUCAAAAUAAACAAUUGUUAAGAAACGUAAUAUUAUUAUUUGUGAAAAUAAUGUACGUCACUUGUUGCCAAAUACAAAAUAAAUAUGUAUUAAACCUUGUAAAAAUAUUUAUCUCAAAAAAAAAAAAAAAUGACAAAAAUGAAAAUAAAAAUAAAUGUUUCUUAUCAAAAUAUACAUUCUACAAGUAAAUAAAGCUAUUCGAGCAAAGUA